AGGGGAAACAGUGGGUUUGUAGAGGUCACGGUGUGUGAUGUCACGUAUCGAAGUUUUUCACUCUUUACUGUAAUGCGCUUGCGUGCCUCAACACUCUGAAAACAGUAGUACGUGAAGUAAGUGGAGGUGUAGUUUGUUACAAGUCGUGAAACCGCAUGUCCCAUACAAUUGCGAUUUGCUUUUUAACUUUGGUUGUUGGCCACUACUAGUGUUUGGCUACAAUUUUUAAAAUCCAGGAAGUGAAUCGAAUAUUUUCAUGUAACAGUGGGAAAGAAGGAAAUCCAAGGAAGUGUGUGUGUGUCUUGUCAAUGAAAGAAGAUCAGACUUAAGGACUUGUGGCCUGGAAUGGCAGAAAAUCAAGAGGAGGAUCCGAACUCCCCACUUCAUGAAGUUUCUUUGAUAGAAGGAGUUAGUGAUCAAGUUAUUCUAGUGGUGCUGUUGAGUGUUGUCUUUCUUGUCACCUUUGCAUAUAUCCUUCUGAGAAAUGAACAUCACAAUAUCCACCCUGACAACCAGGAGCGAGUGAGGGUCCUUCGACAGCAGCUACAAGUAGAACAGGAUGCACCUGCAAGAAUUCGACAGCAGUUCUAUACUGACAUGUCUUGCCCUGUGUGUUUACAGCAGGCUAUAUUUCCAGUUGAAACAAAUUGUGGUCAUCUUUUCUGUGGCACCUGCAUUAUCGCUUACUGGAGAUAUGGCUCCUGGCUUGGAUCAAUCAGCUGUCCUAUCUGCAGACAAACGGUCACGCUCAUUUUUCCUCUUUUUCACGAAGACAAUUUACAACAACAGGAUGACUUGCAGAAUGCUCAGCAGAUACUGCAAGAUGUCAAUGACUAUAACAGACGAUUUUCUGGCCAGCCCAGAUCUCUUGUGGAAUACAUUAUGGAUAUUCCUACUUUGCUGCGCCAUGCAUUCAGGGAGGUGUUCUCUGUUGGGGGUCUCUUCUGGAUGUUUCGAGUUAGAAUCCUACUGUGCUUGCUGGGAGCCUUGUUGUAUCUCAUCUCACCACUAGACAUUCUUCCUGAGGCCCUGUUUGGAAUCCUUGGCUUUUUAGAUGAUGUGUUUGUCAUCUUUUUGCUGCUGAUUUAUAUCUCUAUUAUAUAUCGUGAGAUGGUGACUCGGAGACUGAACAGGUGAUUUUGCACAGCAUGAAUAAAUAUCAAGGGGUUUGGAAUAAAAGGGAGAAAAUCAACCAUCUUGUCAGAGUUUAUAGUUUACAAAUUAUGGAAUAACUACACUUCAGUAGUUGUGUAAAGCCUAUUAAUCAAUAACUGGAAUAUAAAUCUACUGAAGAAUGGUUGGUAUAAGUAUUAAAUAAAUGUUAUGUUUAUUGGAGAAUAUCAGCUGAAAAUACUUAAUGCAGUUGGUCUUAGGCAGAAAUUUUAUUGUUGCCAUUUCUUUUUGCAUUGCUGAAGUGUGUCUGUUUACUGCUCACCAUUAUCUCCUAGUGUCAUCACCUGACCUCUGAAUGGUUUGAAUACCGUAUCAUUGCUUUUGUCAUAUGGCUAAGAAGUACCCAUUUAAUAUACACCUGGAGGUGUGGGAUUCUACGGUCAUGUUGUGGCUUGGGGAGCUGCUGUGUAGUUUGAAGAAUCCAUUAUAUUUGCAAGUAGCACAGCAUGCAUACUUCCCUUCUACGUGUAAUCUUGUAUUUUUUGUGAAAUUCCACUCUUUGCUUCAUAUCCUAAUAUAAUGACAUAGUAAUGAGCAUGAGGAUGUACAUACUGCCCUUCCAGGGCUGAAUUACUCUUAAGUCAGGAGGUUACAUACCCACAGCCGUAUCUUUCCCUGCCUGUGGUCUGUGUUUAUUUUAACAAAUAAUGUACGUAUGGGCUGUAGAUGUUUAAAAUGCCAUUAAAAUCUAUAAAGUAUAGUUAAUAACUGCUUUCAUGUCCAUUAAUCUAUAAGACCAAAAUAAUUAGGAGCAGACUGCCAUAAUAUAUCAUUUGCAGUGAGUAAAGAAACUGUUCCCCGAGUUGUUUGCUGUCCUCUCUAUUUAUCUUUCAACAGAUGACCAUAGAGAAUUUGUUGUGGAGCUUUAUCAGUUACUGAAGUGUUCAUCAUGCAUAAAAGGAACAUGAUACACAUAUGUAUCACUUAUAUUUCACCACUGAAAUGCAGUAGUGGCUUUACCUGGGUAAUAGAUGAGUAAAAAAUACUGAUAUUACUCUGCUAGAACUUUCCAGGAAGUACUAAACAAUUAGCCAUAUCAGUCUUAACAGUAAGUAGAGAGAAGCUGUAAAAUGGUGCCUUGAGCACUAGAUGUAAUGGUAUAAUCACUUUCUAAGCUACAUGUCAUUUGGUGGGUGGCGGACUUUCCUUUGAUUAGGUGAUUUGUUUUGGGGGUACAUGAAACUAUAAUCAUAGAAUGCUGCUUGGUCAGACUGUAAGAGUGUUGCUGCCUGCCUUUAUGUGCUGCACUUACUCAGGAUUUAUGUAAUAUGGUAUGCAAACCUUAAGAAAGAGCCAGGCAAGGCAAUAAAGAAAGACAUUUAUUGGUUCUACACUAAGUUUAGACUGCCUACUUUCAUGCUGUGGUGCAAAAAUGGCACUUUUUGAUUUUUUAAAGUUUAGCUUUAUCAGUAGAUGGUACUGACUGCCAUUUCUUUAUGGACUGUGAAGAAAAGCCACAUAUAAACCAGCGUCAAGAGCUACUACUUUAUGAUGUCUUCCAAAUUGUUGUUAUGGUUGGUGCUUUCAUUCUGUCAUUAAUUUGCUCAUGUCUUGGGGGGGAAACAGCUCUGCCUGACAAAAUCAAAAACCACUAGAGCUGGAAAACCUCUUUAAUCAUAAACUAUGUGAAGGCGAGUGUCCUGCAUACAGUAAAAUACAUUGUGGUGUAAACUAUAGAGAAUGCUGUGCAUUCAGGUGAGUCUUUUUUUCAGAAAAGGGCAUUUCUUUAACUUAUUUAUUGCAGCAUUGUAGGAAGCAGACAGUUUAGUAAUUAUACAUCUCAUAAUGCUUUGCUACUGGUAAUGGAAGGCCACAGGGCCGCAACAGUGGGAAAUAUGUUAUCUUUUCUGCAAUUAUAAGAAAACCCACUUUAGCCUUCUGUCACAUGGUUCUGUACUUAUGGAUGGGAAUAAGAUUAUGUUAUACAUAUCUGUGUUAAACCGAGGAAGGACAGUGGUAUCCACAGUGUAAGUGUUCUGAUCUCAUGCCAUUUGCUAUUUGCUGACUUUUGAAUCUGCCAUUGCUGUAGCCAUCUUUUUAUGUAAAUACAGAAGAUUUGUUGGAGUUUUGCUUUUAAACAAAUUAUAUUAUGCAGUGGAGAAUAAAAUACAGUUAAAAAAGGAACAGAACAUUGUCAUGUAUAAAAUAUGCAGAUUUCUACUGAUCUACUUAAACGUAGAGCACUUUUAGUGUUUGCUGGUUCUUUUAAAACAAUAGGAGGAAGCUCAGAAGGUGACAGCUGUGUAAUACAUCAUACUGGAAUAAGUGAUUCUAUCCUGGUUCUGUUUAAACGUAAUUAUCCAAAGCAUUUUUCAGUGUGUUUUUUCAUGAAACUAGUGAUAUUCAUGAUGUCUACUUUUAUCAUAAAAGCAGCAGUAUUAACUUCCUUGGAUCUGCAGUAUUGCAAUGUACUCUGUCAUAUAGAAAAUGAAAUUGUAUAAUUUCUCUGCAUAUGUAAAACAGUCAUUAAAAAUGAUUUGGGCUGUA